GCUCGCUGUGCUGGACAGCCAUGAAGGUUGUUAAAAACCGAAAUAUCGUUUAACUUUUGUAUCUUUUCUACCAAAGUUGACCAAAAUCUAACUAAUUUAUUAGAUUCUAAAAUAUGACCUCAGUUUAUAAUGAAAAUUUGAACCCAGCCCUUGUAAAAGCAAAACAGUUGUUUACUGUAUUGUUCAUUUGAGAAAUGUGUUUUGGACUUUAAUGUGUCUAAAUAAAUCAACCAAGUCCCUGGUACUCAUAAAACUUAAAAUAUCCACUGCUAAAACGUAACUAAUGUGCUUUUGGGUUUUGAUUAGAAUUCUCAGAAUUUUUUCCUUACAAUUGAGAACAGGUUAGGCAACUCUAGGUGUGCUUAUGUGCAUCUUUUCAGAACUUUUUUUUCACUUCAGAGCGGCUCUAAGUGUAUUAAAUUCACUUUGAAAGUUGUAUUUAGCGUGUUGGCGUCAUGACGAGACUACUUGUGUCGGGUGUUUUUCUUGUCACUGUUUACUCUUUGUUCGGACUUCACCCCUCGCUGUCUCCGCUCUGCGGUCCUCUUCUCCUGCUCUCAGCUGCUCGAACGCUUUCAGCUUCACCAGAAGUCAUGGCAGGAAUCAGUGGGACUGAAAAGGUCCAGCUGCACGCCCCGGAGCUGGAGGAGCUGCGAGGGGCGCUGCAAGCUGGACUGGAGAGCAACUUUGCAGAAGUUCAGGUGAGUGUUGUGGAUUGCCCGGAUCUCACUCAGGAUCCCUUCAAGUUCCCUGCUAAAGGGGACGGAAGGGUGCAAAGUGCAAUGAGAGAGGAUGAAUAACAUGUUUGUGUGGAAGUCCUCGCAUCACUGAUGUUGGUGGUGUACCAUACCUGGUUCCUGUGGUGCAUAAGGACAAGGAGUACAACAUGAACACGAUUUCUAAGGAGCUGGAGCUGCCGGGAGCCUUCAUCAUUGGUGCAGGAGCUGCUCCGUCCAGCAUCAUCGGAAUGAAUGCAGAGCUGGUGCCUCUGGUCUUGACUGAGAAGGACGGAAGGCCUGCGGUGAACGGCAGCUACUUCUCCUCAAUCCACCCUUCCAGUGGUCAGUGUCUGCAGGAGAAGUACAGCGACAGGUUCUCCGACUGCAACUUCGCACUGCUGGCCAAUCUGUACGCCUGUGAAGGGAAGCCAGGAAAGGUCAUCGAGGUUCGGGCCAAGAAGAGAACCGGCAGUAAAAGUCUGGUGACGGCCCUGAGGACCGCCCUCGAAGAUCGAUACCCCGAUAAGAGCUUGGCUCUGGGAGGCACCUUCAUCAUCCAGAAAGGGAAAGCGAAAAUCCACAUCAUGCCGAGAGAGUUCUCCGCCUGCCCCCUCAACACCAACGACGAGGUCAACAACUGGCUCAAGCACUUCGAGGUCAGCGCCCCGCUCAUCUGCCAGUCCGUCCUCGUGUCACGAGACCCGGGUCUGGACCUGCGUGUGGAGCACACACACUGCUUCAGCCACCACGGAGAGGGCGGCCACUACUACAUCGACACCACCCCGGACAGCGUGGAGUACCUGGGGUACUUCAUGCCUGCUGAAUACGUGUAUCGUAUCGACAGGCCCAAAGAAACGCACGGAGUUGGACGAGACUGAAGGAGGGAAUCAAUCACUGGGAGAUCAGAAUCAUUUCCAACAUUCUGUUUGAAUCUUUUAUCCUCUAUCACUCUACUUUCUUACAGAUUCACUGAUAAAUGAAGCAAUUAAACAAAUGAAAUCACUGAAGGGAUUCGGAUCAUCACAGUUUGUUUGAUGUAUGUUUUAUGUGAAAAAAAAACUGUUUUAUUACCUCGAACUAUUUGAAUAUUUGAGAGCAACAAUGUGAUUAAAAGAAUUGUGCAAA